UUGUGGUGGGAACACUGUUCAGGAGGUCUGCCUAUUUCACAAAUAGUUGUAUGAAAUCCCGGAGUUUUAUUUUUCAAGAAAGCUAUCAAAAAUGUCGAAUUCUCUUCUCCGCUGGUGUCAGGAUAAGUUAAAUCGCGACUUCGGAUUGGAAGCAAGCGAUGACAUCGUUGAGUACAUCAUUUCCAUAGAGAAUGCAGAGGAAAUUGAGGAGUAUGUAAGAGACUUGGUUCAGGGAGCAGAAGGAAAGAAGAAACAGUUUAUUGAGGAGUUUCUUGAAAGAUGGCGUUUUUCACAUCAAAAGGUCCCAGAGAGCACCUUCUCCAGCAUGAAAAACUCGGUUCCAGAAAUGGCAGAAUCAAAUAAAGGUUUUGAUCAGAUGAAAAAAGCAAAGCGGAAGGGAAGAAAUAAGCAAGAAGCUUUAACUUUUGCAGAACAAGAACCAGUUGUGGAAGCAGUGAAAACACCUAUAGAUUUGGCAAAGGCACAUGAAAAUAGCUCCUCCUCUUCCAAGAAGAAGAGCAAGUUUAUCAAUUUAUAUGCAAAAGAGGGUCAGGAUCGGCUCGCAGUUUUACUUCCUGGUCGCUACUCAUGCGAGUGUCUGGCACAAAAACAUAGGCUUAUUAAUAAUUGUUUAACCUGUGGUCGAAUUGUUUGUGAACAGGAAGGUUCAGGGCCCUGCCUAUUCUGUGGAAGUCUGGUUUGCUCUAAGGAAGAGCAAGAGGUUCUUCAGCGGGAUUCAAACAAAAGCCAGAAGCUUUUGAAGAAGCUAUUGUCAGGCUAUGAAAAACCAUGUGUUCCUGAAUUCUCAGACCAGGAUUUGCUUCCUCAUCAGCAUCUCAGAAUGAAAGAAGGCCUAGAAAAGGCAGUGCAACACAAAGACAAGCUUUUGGAAUUUGACAAGAACAGUGUGCGUCGUACAAAAGUGAUUGAUGAUGAAUCAGAUUAUUAUGCAACAGAUUCAAAUCAGUGGCUAUCAAAAAGUGAGAGAGAAGCUUUGAGGAAAAAAGAGGAGGAGCUCCGGAAUCUUCGUCACUCCUCCCGCACCAGCCGGAAAAUCACAAUUGACUUUGCGGGCCGUCAGAUUAUUGAGGAUGAGAACAACAUGACGGAAUACUAUAGCAAAUAUGAUGAAAAUUUGGAAGUAUUCAACUCACCAUCUCCAACUAUUAACAAAGGCCAGCAGCCUCUACGAGACCUUGUAAAUCCAAAUAUUAGUUUAGUUGCACCCCAGUGGAUGGAUCCUGGCAGUUCUGAUUUAAUGAGGAAGUCUAGAAAUGAAGAGGCCAAGGAUCGGAAAUUGGACAUCAAAACAGAACGUAAACAUUUAAGAAUACAAGACAGAGAGCUGCAAGAAAUGGCAGACAGUGGGUGUUGCCUCAGCAUGCACCAGCCUUGGGCUUCUUUACUUGUCAAAGGAAUUAAGAGAGUUGAAGGGAGAACCUGGUACACCCCACACAGGGGGCGGCUUUGGAUAGCAGCUGCAGCCAAGAGGCCAACUCCACAAGAAAUUUCCCAGGUUGAAGAUACAUAUAGGUUUAUCUACAAAGAAGGAGUUGAAUUUCCAAAGGACUAUCCCACAGGAUGCCUUCUCGGAUGUGUAAAUGUAACUGACUGCCUAUCUCAGCAAGAAUUCCAAGAACAGUAUCCAGAUACACAUGAGGAAUCGAGCUCUCCUUUUGUUUUCAUCUGCACAAAUCCUCAGGAACUGGUUGUGAAAUUCCCAAUGAAAGGCAAACAUAAAAUAUGGAAGCUGGACAAGCAGUACCAUCAAGCAGCCAAGAUGUCUCUAACGUAGCUGACCAUGUGAACAAAGUCUCUGUUUUUUUUUUUUUUCCUUGACCACACUUUAAGAUGGGAUUGUAGGAGUCAAAAACAUAAGGACAGCAAGUUGAGACAUUCAGGAGGAGUGUGGAGCCGCCCAGAAGGCUUCUAAUCCCCAUAGUACAUUGAAAAUGAUGACAUGUUUUAUUUUUGUUUUUUUCUCUUUCAAAGACUCUCUUCUUUCUAUCAAUUUAACUAGAGAACCUUAAUAAAAUAGCAAUAUUAUAAUGCUUUGACAAGGUGUAAAAAAGUCACUUUAUUAUUAUUAUUAUUGUUAAUCAUUAUUUUGUAGAUCUGUGCCAUUUUGAAAGUAGCUCUGCUAAUGUAUCUUGCUGUGAUAAUAUCCAUCAGUAAAAUUAUCUUAUUUAUUUUGCUUAACUUUUGUUUAACUUAUUAUAAAAACAUGUCAUUAAAUAUGUCAAAUGAGUGCUCA